GCGGGGGCCGCGCGCGACUGGUAUGAGCGCGCUCCUGGGCCAGUGACCGCGUCGGGGAUGGACUGCGGCUCCGUCGCGGCCGAGAGGCCGAAGUGCCCGCUCAGCCGCCGGCGGCUCCUGCCCCUCCUGGCCGCCGGCCGCGCUGGAGGUCCGGGUGGCCGCGGCAUCCCCGCGCACCGCCUCCUGCCCGCGCUACCCGGCGGUCCGGGGGCGCUGCGCCCCGGCGCCCAGGCGGCCCGCGGCGGCGCGGCACGUGCCUCCCCGUUGCUCCUCCUCCUGCUGGUGCCCUGCCCGCGCCGGGCGGCCGCGGCCUCGCGCCGGCCGCCCGCGGACUGGGAGCGCCCGCGCGCCGGCCCCCCGGCCGGGCGCGGCGGCGUGUGGAGAAGCCAGCCGGGCCUGGCCCCGGGCCUCGCGGGUGCGGCGGGCGCGUUCCCCCGGUGCCUGGGCCGGGUGGCCGCCCUGGCGUCCUCCAGGAGAGAGCUGAGCCUCUGUGCUGGGAACCUGCAGCUGGACAGCAAAAGAAGAGAGUUCACCUCUUCUGGGAACAGGAAGCUCUACUUUGACACCCAUGCCUUAGUGUGUGUGCUCGAGGAGAAUGGGUUUACUACUCAACAAGCAGAAGUCGUCGUAUCUGCCUUGAUCAAGAUCAUGGAGGCCAACAUGGAUAUCAUCUACAAAGAUAUGGUCACCAAGAUGCAGCAGGAGAUCACUCUUCAGCAAAUAAUGUCUCAGAUCGCCAAUGUGAAAAAAGAUAUGAUUAUUUUGGAGAAGAGUGAAUUUUCAGCCCUCAGAUCAGAAAAUGAGAAAAUAAAACUUGAGCUCCAUCGGUUAAAACAACAAGUAAUGGAUGAAGUGAUCAAAGUCCGAACAGAUACCAAAUUGGACUUCAAUCUAGAAAAGAGCAGAGUGAAAGAACUGUAUUCGUUAAACGAAAGGAAGCUGCUGGAAAUAAAAACAGAAAUGGUGUCACUGCACGCCCAGCAGGAUCGGGCCGUCACACAGACAGACAGAAAGAUAGACACUGAGGUUGCUGGCCUGAAAACCAUGCUUGAGUCUCACAAGCUUGAUAAUAUUAAAUAUUUAGCAGGAUCUGUAUUUACGUGCCUAACAGUAGCUCUGGGAUUUUAUCGCCUGUGGAUAUAAUAAAGUGUCUAUUUAAAGAGCAUUCUAUUGUUCUGCCUUAAGAACACCAGAUUCUUGCUGUACUUUUUUUUUUCUCAUUUCUAAUUAUAAUGCUGAUUUUUAAAUUUAAUGCAUAUUAUUUAUUUUAUGCAAAUGAUGGACAUAUAACCAAGGCAAAGAAGUAAGAAAUUUCAUAACUGCUUCUUUCAUCUCUUCUAUUUAGUUAACUUUAUAACUCUGAGUGGUGGACAAAGCAAGGAGGACUCCACUCCCCUGGACCAGUGAACUCAGUCUAACUUGCAGGACAUAGCAACAGUAAAUAUGUGUAUAACUCUGCAAUUUUAAAUCUUCUGUCUCAUCAAGGAUUUGGGGUCUCCGUGUAGAGGCCCAGGAACUUUACUAAGUGCUGAAGAAUCACGGUAACCAAACCAAGAGCAUCGAUCAAAUCUUCUUCACCUGCUGACCCAGACCUGACAUCAGCCGGUCCCUGUGUUAGAGGUUGUGUUUCAAGUCCAGUCAGUUGGUAGCCUCAUGCUACACUGUACUUGACACCAGAGAGAGAUUUUUUUUUCUUUUGGUUUCCAUUAUCUUCGUUAUUAUUCUGCUUAUUGUUUAUGCACCUUCCAGCUGGAAAAUCUUAUUGCCUAAUGAAGUAUUAUGAUUAGGAUGGAGACUGUCCCAGCUUCCUGGUGUGUAGACUUCUUCUGCCUUCUUCCCCCUUACUCGGUCCCUCCUCCUCUCCCUCUUGAUUUAAGAGCUAUCAUAAUGCUCCAGGGAUGACACUGUCUCCCUAGAAAACGUGCUCACUCUCAGCAUGGAAGUCAACUUCAGUGUAUUUGAUCAUCACCCUAUUGGCCUUCUUCAGCUUUGUACACGAUACAAGGAAAGCACAAGGCACAAUGUCUGUAGCAAUACUGAGAUAGUUAGCUAGUGUAGGUACUGCUCAGAAAUAUCUUUAAUGAAGAUGCCUUUGCCAAUUACAAGCUCAGGUCAUAGGCUUUGAAAAUUAGAGAACUGUCCUGCCAGGUAUCAGCCUAAUAUGGGUUGAUUUCUUUGGUUGUUAAAGACAUCCUCAUAGUGACCUUACCUCUGCAUUUAAAACAGAUUACUAGAUACAACUGGGAGGGGCAUGGAAAUGCACAUUCUCGUCUAACUUGAAUGACCUGCCUGUAAAGAGAAUAAGCAUUCAAGAAAUGAUGACAUCAGAUGUCUCCUUCCUGUCUUUCUCACACGUGCGUGUGCAUAUCUAUGCAUACCUGGUCCAGUGGAAAAAUGGAUCACACUGGUAGAAUAAAGUACCCAUCAUUACUCUUCCAUCCACAGUGGUAACAAUGUUGUCCUCUGUCCUUUGGAUGCCAUUUCUAAACUUUGUAAGUCAUUGCCUUGUUUGAGAAUAUUUGUGUAACCUAAAGAGUCUGAGCUCCAGAGAAGUAUGAAAAUCAAAUGCUUUGGCAUUCGUGGUGUCAGUUUCAAAGUGAAAAAUAAUCUUUUUUCAGCUAGAUCCAAAGUUCCCUUAACUGCCACAAAAGGUACUUUAUCACUAUAUUCUCUCCCUUUCAGAGAAGGUGCUCCAGAAAAUCCUGUUCAUUUAACAAUUGCCCUAAGUAUUAAAGAGUGAAGUAAGUGACUUCCCAUUAAGCCCACCUUUGCAACAUAACUUUGAUUAGGGAGAGCCAGAAGGAGGCUGGAGCACACACCCUCCAACAAAAUAAAGUCCCAGGAGGAAAAGCACUGUCCGCACUUCUGUUUCAAAGCAAAUACCAAUGUGUUCGCAAAGUGACCUUAUAUUCUGAUAAAAUAUUUUUUAGAUAACACUCAGCUGGAUGACUUUCUGUCCUCCACCAAUAUUCCAUGUGACAUUCCUCCUAGUGAGGGCGGGCAGCACCACCUGUCACUUGUUCCAGGCCAUCACUGACUGCAGUGGAGUCCUCCGAAGUACCAGCCCGCACCUCCCCAGCCUCGGGGAACAACGAACUCUCCUCUUGGUGGCCCGGACUGCCGGUUCGGGACCGCGUUCUCUAUUUAGUCAGAUACAUUCUAUUUGAAAGCACAGGAGCCAGAAAUGCAAGUAUACCCUUCCCAGUGCUCGCCCGGCCGUCUGUGAGCCUGUAAGUGGCUGGGGCUGGAUUCCGUGUGACCGUUCCUGAGCUCAGCUGGCUUGGAGGAAAUUCAGCAUUAGCACUCAGAAGGGAAAAGAUGCCUGACGAAACUCCGUGCAUCUAGCACGUGGGGGAAUUGGGCAUAGUGAGGUCCUGAAGAUCACCCUUCCAGGCACAGGUUCCUAACCGUGAAUGUCAAGUGGCCUGAGUCCUUAUUUCCUGUUCAUGCACGAACCGCUCAGAAGGUUCCUCCGUACCUUCUCUACACUCCCCUGCUUUUUGUCUUUUUAAAAGAGCUUAAGCUGCAGCCCGACUCCUCUCCUGUUCCCUUCAUAAGCAAGCCUGUUUGUGUGUAUGGUUCUUUAGAGGAAACGUGAAUUCUGACUUCCUUGCUGGUCUCAGCCCUCCACUAAGUACUUUUCCAGCUCGGUAGCUAACAAAACUACAUCCGAAGGUCUUCGUCUUUCCGCUUAAGGAUGUCAAGUACCAGUCGAGAAGUCUCUGGUUCAGGAAGAAAGGCUUGACUCAAGCCAGCCAUCUUGCUCUGAGCUCUUUGAAACGCAGCCUCCUGAGCCAUAGGGUCUGUGGCCCGCCUGGGCUGCGGCCCUUUGCUGCCGCACAGAGUGACGAGCUCUUCCUCCUGUCCCACGCUCCUCCGCAGCCUCUCCUCCUGCUAACAACUAGCUGUGUCAGCGUUGGCAGGGACCUCUCUCCCCCCGAUAUGCCGUGUUCUGAGAAUUUUGGCGUCAUUCCUGAACAAAUGUCAUAUAGACGGCACUAUGGAACUCACGUCUCGAAAACUGGCUCUUAACAUACGUUCAUCACAUGUGUUGUGACUUUUCUGACACUGGAGCAAAAACAUGUUAAUCGGGAGUGAUUUAUUCUUUAUAGAAAAUGUUUGAGCCUGUUUAGCCUUUUAUCAGGGUUUCAUUUGGAAAAUACCAACCUUCCUGCAGAUUUAUAACUUAUGUUGCUCUCAUUAUAACCCAGAUCGUUCCUUAACCCUUUUAUUACUUAAGCAAAUGUUUGGUUACAUUGUACUGUAUGACAGAGGGGGCCUAAUAUUCUUAUGAUCUAAAAUAAAAUAUUUAAUUUUAUGUGAUUAGAAUACUCUUCUGUUAGUUCACAUUGAAUAUGAAAAACUAGAACAACUUCUGCCUACACUCUGUUUAUACUGUUUUUUUCCUUCCAGUUGUAUAUGAUAACAAUGAUGUAUUAUUUUAAAAAUCUAAAACCUAAACAUUUGGAUUUGCAUACAGGAUACAUUUGAAAGUGGUUAUUUGAUUUAAAAAAUAAAUUCAUAUUCAAAAGACUUAA